AUGGAAGAAGGCAGCAAUGUUGCGGUAUUGAUGCCAAAUAUUGGGGAACAGGAAGCUGUGCUGAUUUCUGAAACAGUCAUUGGCCCAAUGCUGCAGAACAGUGAAGAUCAGAGAAAAUGUAAAGCUGAUCCACUAAUCCAUGUUAUCCAGAAACUAAGCAAAAUAGUUGAAAGUGAGAAGUCACAAAGAUGCCUUUUAAUAGGGAAAAAACGUUCUCAUCCUAAUGCUUCUGCACAGUCCUUCGACGCAGAUGAUCUUUGUGAAAUCCCGGCUAAAGCAAUUGAGCUCUCUGUUAUUGCUACUAAAAAAACUGAAGAGUUACAAGCAGAUUAUUUUGUGACUGAAUGUCUUCCACAAAGCAAAAAAAAGGUGACGUGCUACCAGUGUAGUCUAUGUAAGUUUCUGUCACCUUCUCUCUUGACACUACAAGAACAUAUAAAACAACACGGGCAGAAAAAUGAAGUGAUAUUAAUGUGCUCAGAAUGUCAUUUUGCUUCUAAAAGCCAAGAAGAACUUGAAUCCCACUUCCAAAACUACCAUGAGAAUGAUGGUAAAAAUAGCAUCCCGACAAAGGUGCAGCAAUGUGUGAAUGUCACAAGUUCGUUUUUGCAAGGGCCAGUGGAAGGAAGUGUCAAAUCGGGGACCGAUCAGACAGGAAAUACGGAAUGUAAAGAUACAACUCCGUCGACUCGUAGCCCUGAAGUGGGUAGGAGAAAAUGGUAUACUUACGAGCAGUAUGGCAUGUACCGGUGUUUAAUUUGUCGGUACACCUGCGGUCAGCAAAGAAUGUUGAAAACGCACGCUUGGAAGCAUGCGGGUGAGGUGGAUUGCUCCUAUCCUAUCUUUGAGGAAGAAAAUGAAACCACCAACUUGUCAGAGACGGUCGUAACUCACACACCUCAUAGUGUGGAUACAGUUGUUCUGUCUUUGGAAAACAAUGAACUUGAUAUCCAUAGUGAACCGUCUCUUCAGCUUCAGAUCUGCAAUUCUGAGCAACUGUCAUGCAAAUCGCCAGUAGGAGCAAAUGCGAAAGAGAAGGAGGUGUUAAAUCAGUCUGUCAUGCAUUCUCCUACAGAGGUUUUAGAGGAGACUGUAUCAGAUACAGAACAGGAUAAUAUGAUAGCUGAUAGCCUACUUUCAUCAGCACAGAAAAUCAUUAGUUGUAGUCCAAAUAAAAAGGGUCACGUUAAUGUAAUAGUAGAGCGUUUGCCAGGUGCUGAAGAAAGUGUCUUACAAAAGCCUUUCUUGAUGAACACUGAUAUUGAAACAGAAAAAGAAUUAAUUUCAGAGGAGUCCCGUGUUACCUGUGAAGAACCCCAUGAAGUUUAUCGUUCAGGUGAAAUUCAAGAAGUAAUAAUAGGAUGGAAUAAUGCCGAGAAGAAAGAUAAUGAAUUAAUCUCUAAUAAAAAUGUAACGACUGAUGAAAAUGCACCUCCUGCACGAAGAAGGACAAAUUCAGAGUCUUUACGACUACACUCAUUAGCUGCAGAGGCUCUUGUUACGAUGCCCAUCAGAGCUGCAGAACUGACAAGGUCUAGCUUCAGGACUCCGACUGGGGAAGAUGCUGUGGAUGCAGGUGCAGGGCAGGGAGUAGCUGAUGGCCCUUGCAUGGCUCCUUCUAAAGUGGUAUCCUCACUUAAGAAUCCUUCAGAGGAGUUUGAUGGCUUAAACCAAAGUGAAUGUGCAAUAGUCGAGAUACAGAAAGAAAGGCCAGAGUUAUCGGAAGCACCAAUUAAAAUGGGCAUCAGUAUGUCUCUGCUCACUGUCAUUGAAAAGCUGAAGGAGAGGACAGAUCAGAACGCUUCUGAUGAUGACAUUUUGAAAGAAUUGCAAGACAACGCACAAUGCCAAAAUUCAAAGCAUGCAAAUAUUGCUGGAAGUAAUCUAGUAGAAUAUAUACCUAAUGUGGAUCGACCCUACCGCUGUCGCCUGUGCCAUUAUAGCAGUGGUAAUAAGGGGUACAUUAAACAACACUUGAGAGUCCAUCGGCAGAGGCAGCCGUACCAGUGUCCUAUCUGUGAACAUAUUGCUGACAACAGUAAGGAUUUAGAGAGCCACAUGAUCAACCACUGCAAAACAAGAAUGUAUCAGUGCAAGCAAUGUGAAGAAUCCUUUCAUUAUAAGAGCCAACUGCGAAAUCAUGAACGAGAACAACACAGUCUUCCAGAUAUCUUUUCAACAGCUACAUCUAACAAACUAAUAGUGUCCAAUGAAGCAGAUGAAAGAGAAGGAAAUAAAUCUUCAGUUCAGAAACUGUAUAGGUGUGAUGUUUGUGACUACACAAGCACAACUUACGUCGGUGUACGAAAUCACAGACGAAUUCAUAACUCCGAUAAGCCAUAUAGAUGUCGAGUAUGUGACUUCGCCACCACAAAUAUGAAUAGCUUGAAAUGCCAUAUGAGGCGCCACCCCCAGGAGCAUCAGGCAGUGCAGCUAAUGGAACAGUACAAAUGUUCUCUCUGUGGAUAUGUAUGCAGCCAUCCACCAUCCCUCAAGUCCCACAUGUGGAAACAUGCAAGUGACCAAAAUUAUAACUAUGAGCAAGUGAACAAGGCUAUUAAUGAUGCAAUUUCACAAAGCAGCAGGUUUCAAGGACAGCUUGCUGACAGAACCUUAUUAGAAGGCGCAGAUGAAAGUACAGUACCUAUACUAGGAAGUUCAGACAACCUAGUGUCUUUUACAGAGUCUAUUAACCAGACUACAAAUGAAAUUUCAGGUUCUGAUGAAAAUGAAAAACCUAACUUGAUGAAUACCUCAUGCAGUUUAGAAAAGAACUCCACUCUACCCCAUCUUGGCACAGAAUACUGUGUUCUUCUCUUCUGCUGCUGCAUUUGCGGUUUUGAGUCUACCAACAAAGAAAAUCUGCUGGAUCACAUGAAAGAACAUGAGGGGGAAAUCAUAAACAUCAUUCUCAAUAAGGACCACAGCACAACUCAGAGCAACUAG